UCACUCUUUCAGUUCUUUAUUUCCAUUGUUUUGUUUUGCGCAUUUUUUGCCGCCAAUAUAAAAUGAGUAUAUCUGAUUCAUCGUUGAAUAAUUCCCUCCUGGAAGUGGACGAAAUGCGCCUAGGCUAUGACCACGAAUCCAUCAAGUCCUUCCUCCAAAAGUCGUCCAUCAAGGACUUCUUUCCCUACGCAGCAGAAAUCAUAGACGGCAAACAGUUGCUGGAUCGAAUGAUGGCCACCUUAGACGGCCAGCUGGAACUCAAUCUGCAGCAGCUGCUCGAUCUGUUUACCCUAUCCAUUAUGAUGAUGACGUACCAAAGGGACAACGUUCUGUUGAUGAAGGAGCGCUACAUGAUGGUGGAUGUUGUGUGUUACCUGACAGAGUCCCUGGAUUCGGAGGAGAUGUUCUACAUGGCCAGUGGGUUGUACGAAAACCUCAUCACUGGCAUGGGUAUGGAGCGCCUGGAAAGAGUGCUGGACAUGCAGGCCGCGAUUCCCGCCUUGGUAAAGUCCUGCCCUCUUGGCAAAGAUGUAGCUAUGUCCCUGCUGCUCACCAUAAUGGGACGGUACACGGGAGAACCUGUCGAACUGGACCAGAAGGAAUAUGCCCUCAAGGCUUUCAAAAUGGCCAAAACGGUCAACUGGCGCCAGUUGGCAGACAGUGGACGCCAGGCAGAUUUGUUUAUGCUCAUCCGCACAUUCAGCAUGAUCAUCAAUUGCAAAAGCAUACGCGAGGAGUGUCCUGAUUGGAAGGACAAUCUGGGUGCCGAGAUACACAAGUACUUCCUGCAGGUGCGCAUGGAUCGCUCCGCCGCCUAUGGCGACUUCGAAAUGAUGAUUGAACGAUUCAUAGCUUAUUGCGUGGUUCGCGGCGCCUCAACAACACCGCAACUUUGCAGCUACAAGAUUUCCGAGCUAACAAAUUCAGAGUUCCAAUAAUUGCUGAAGUUUAGUUAUGUUAGUAUUACAGUCUAAGAGUAACAUAGGUAUCAUACAGCUGAGAUCAAAAAAGCAAACCAAAAAUAUAAUUUCUUAAGUAGUGUA